GUCCUUACUGUUCUCCGAGGGGGGGGCCGGGAGAGGAGGAGCCGGCGAUGUGCACCAGCCAACCAAAGGCAAGGAGGAGUUUGUGGCCACCUUCAAAGGCAAUGAAUUCUUCUGCUACGACCUGUCACACAACCCGAUCCAGAGCAGCACCGACGAGAUCACCCUGGCCUUCCGCACCCUGCAGCGCAACGGGCUGAUGCUGCACACGGGCAAGUCGGCCGACUAUGUCAACCUCUCCCUCAAGUCCGGCGCCGUCUGGCUGGUCAUCAACCUAGGCUCAGGUGCCUUCGAGGCCCUCGUGGAACCGGUCAAUGGCAAGUUCAACGACAACGCCUGGCACGACGUCCGGGUUACCCGAAACCUGCGCCAGCACGCAGGGAUUGGACACGCUAUGGUGACCAUCUCGGUGGACGGGAUCCUGACCACCACAGGCUACACGCAGGAGGAUUACACCAUGCUGGGCUCGGACGACUUCUUCUACAUUGGGGGCAGCCCCAACACUGCUGACCUGCCGGGCUCGCCCGUCAGCAACAACUUCAUGGGCUGCCUCAAGGACGUGGUGUAUAAGAACAAUGACUUCAAGCUGGAACUCUCCCGCCUGGCAAAGGAAGGGGACCCGAAGAUGAAGUUGCAGGGGGAUCUGUCCUUCCGCUGCGAGGAUGUGGCUGCUCUGGACCCAGUGACCUUUGAGAGCCCCGAAGCCUUCGUUGCCCUGCCCCGCUGGAGUGCCAAGCGCACCAGCUCCAUCUCCCUGGACUUCCGCACCACCGAGCCCAACGGGCUGCUGCUGUUCAGCCAGGGCCGGCGGGCUGGGGCCGGGGCAGGCAGCCAUAGCGCUGCCCAGCGGGCUGACUACUUUGCCAUGGAGCUGUUGGACGGCUACCUCUAUCUUCUUCUGGACAUGGGCUCUGGGGGCAUCAAGCUUCGGGCGUCCAGCCGCAAGGUCAACGACGGUGAAUGGUGCCAUGUGGACUUCCAGAGGGACGGGCGCAAAGGCUCCAUCUCAGUGAACAGCCGGAGCACUCCGUUCUUAGCCACCGGAGAGAGUGAGAUCUUAGAUCUGGAGAGUGAGCUGUACCUGGGUGGCCUCCCUGAGGGGGGCCGAGUGGACCUGCCGCUGCCCCCGGAGGUGUGGACAGCAGCACUCCGGGCUGGCUACGUGGGCUGUGUGCGAGACCUGUUCAUAGAUGGACGUAGCCGAGACCUGCGGGGCCUGGCUGAGGCUCAGGGGGCUGCGGGUGUUGCCCCUUUCUGCUCCCGCGAGACGCUGAAGCAGUGCGCCUCUGCCCCGUGUCGUAACGGGGGCAUCUGCCGGGAAGGCUGGAACCGCUUUGUCUGUGACUGCAUCGGGACCGGCUUUCUAGGGCGGGUCUGCGAGAGAGAGGCCACGGUCCUGAGCUAUGACGGCUCCAUGUACAUGAAGAUCAUGCUGCCCAAUGCCAUGCACACCGAAGCCGAGGACGUGUCCCUGCGCUUCAUGUCCCAGCGGGCCUAUGGACUCAUGAUGGCCACCACCUCCAGGGAGUCUGCCGACACCCUGCGCCUUGAGCUGGACGGGGGGCAGAUGAAGCUCACGGUCAACCUCGACUGCCUGCGCGUCGGCUGCGCACCCAGUAAAGGCCCCGAGACGCUCUUUGCGGGCCACAAGCUCAACGACAAUGAGUGGCACACGGUGAGGGUGGUACGACGAGGCAGGAGCCUGCAGCUGUCUGUGGACAACGUGACUGUGGAGGGACAGAUGGCAGGCGCCCACACGCGGCUGGAGUUCCACAACAUUGAGACGGGCAUCAUGACCGAGCGCCGCUUCAUCUCCGUGGUGCCCUCCAACUUCAUAGGGCACCUGAGCGGGCUGGUGUUCAACGGGCAGCCGUACAUGGACCAGUGCAAGGACGGCGACAUCACCUACUGCGAGCUCAAUGCCCGCUUCGGCCUGCGCGCCAUCGUGGCCGAUCCUGUCACUUUCAAGAGUCGCAGUAGCUACCUGGCGCUCGCCACCCUCCAGGCCUACGCCUCUAUGCACCUCUUCUUCCAGUUCAAGACCACGGCCCCCGACGGGCUGCUGCUGUUCAACUCAGGCAACGGCAACGACUUCAUCGUCAUCGAGCUGGUCAAGGGGUACAUCCACUACGUGUUUGACCUGGGGAAUGGGCCGUCCUUGAUGAAGGGGAACUCCGACAAACCGGUCAAUGACAACCAGUGGCACAACGUGGUGGUGUCCAGGGACCCGGGCAACGUGCACACGCUCAAGAUUGACUCCCGCACGGUCACACAGCACUCCAAUGGCGCCCGAAACCUGGAUCUCAAAGGGGAGUUGUACAUUGGUGGCCUGAGCAAGAAUAUGUUCAGCAACCUGCCCAAGCUGGUGGCCUCCCGAGAUGGCUUUCAGGGCUGCCUGGCCUCGGUGGACCUCAACGGGCGCCUCCCAGAUCUCAUCGCCGACGCCCUGCACCGCAUCGGGCAGGUGGAGAGGGGCUGUGACGGCCCCAGCACCACCUGCACCGAAGAAUCCUGCGCCAACCAGGGCGUCUGCCUGCAGCAGUGGGACGGCUUCACCUGCGACUGCACUAUGACCUCUUACGGAGGCCCUGUCUGCAAUGACCCCGGGACCACAUACAUCUUUGGGAAGGGGGGCGCUCUCAUCACCUACACAUGGCCCCCCAAUGAUCGGCCUAGCACGAGGAUGGACCGCCUGGCCGUGGGCUUCAGCACCCAUCAGCGGAGUGCCGUGCUGGUGCGAGUGGACAGCGCCUCCGGCCUCGGGGACUAUCUGCAGCUGCACAUUGACCAGGGCACCGUGGGGGUGAUUUUUAAUGUGGGCACGGACGACAUUACUAUUGAUGAGCCCAACGCCAUCGUGAGCGACGGCAAAUACCAUGUGGUGCGCUUUACUCGAAGCGGUGGAAACGCCACUCUGCAGGUGGACAGCUGGCCGGUCAACGAACGGUACCCAGCAGGAAACUUUGAUAACGAGCGCCUGGCGAUUGCUAGACAGAGAAUCCCCUACCGGCUUGGUCGAGUAGUAGAUGAGUGGCUGCUCGACAAAGGACGCCAGCUGACCAUCUUCAACAGCCAGGCUGCCAUCAAGAUCGGGGGCCGGGAUCAGGGCCGCCCCUUCCAGGGCCAGGUGUCGGGCCUCUACUACAAUGGGCUCAAGGUGCUGGCGCUGGCCGCAGAGAGUGACCCCAAUGUGCGGACCGAGGGCCAUCUGCGCCUGGUGGGGGAGGGGCCGUCCGUGCUACUCAGCGCGGAGACCACCGCCACCACCCUGCUGGCCGACAUGGCCACCACCAUCAUGGAGACCACUACCACCAUGGCCACCACUACCACACGCCGGGGCCGCUCCCCCACGCUGAGGGACAGCACCACCCAGAACACAGAUGACCUCUUGGUGGCCUCAGCCGAGUGUCCUAGUGAUGAUGAGGACCUGGAGGAGUGUGAGCCCAGUACUGGAUGCUGAGGAACACCUGUGGGUGGGUAGCACCUGUGACUCGCAUGCACCUGUGAGUAUUUUCCAAUU